AUGGCAGGGAACAAUAAGGAUUCGGGGGAUAGCCAUGCCCCUAAAACAAAGAAGCAGCCUCCUCCACCUCCUUUUUACAUUCCCCUCAAUAUCGCGCUCUAUAUCUUCCUAGCAGCCAAUUGUCUGGCCGCAAUCUUCGCCCCAAUUCAAGACUGCGAUGAAGUUUUCAACUUCUGGGAGCCUGCGCACUACUUGCAGCAUGGAUAUGGUCUUCAAACGUGGGAAUACUCCCCAGUCUACUCCAUCCGCAGCUGGCUCUAUGUGUCGCUGCAUGCUAUUGUAGGGAAAUUGGGGUCAAUGAUCGUCCACAGCAAGACAGCUGAAUUCUACACAAUCCGACUGGCUCUUGCUUUUGUCUGCUCUGCUUGUCAGACUCGGCUAUACUCUGCGAUUUGCCGCACUCUCAGCCCUCGCAUCGGUCUGUUGUUUGUGAUGGUUGUCACGUUCAGCCCGGGUAUGUUCCACGCCUCAACCGCCUUUCUACCAUCCACAUUCACCAUGUACAUGUCAAUGCUUGGCUUGGCUGCAUUCCUGGACUGGAAGAAUGCCCAGAGGGCAGCUAAUGGCAUUAUAUGGUUUGGUCUUGGUACAAUCGUGGGAUGGCCUUUCGCAGGUGCUCUUAUUGUCCCUCUUCUGGCCGAAGAAGUCAUUCUCACCUUCAUCUCCGGGUCCAUGGUCAAUCUUUUCUGGACUAUUGCCGACGGAGUUGUUGGCUGUUUGGGAAUUCUGGCAGUUGAGGUCGCUGUUGACUAUGCUUUCUUCCGAAAGUUUGCCCUCGUGCCCUGGAACAUCGUUGCGUAUAACAUCCUGGGUGGAGAAGGUAAAGGACCAGGUAUUUUUGGCACGGAGCCGUGGACUUUCUAUGUUCGAAACCUCCUGCUCAACUUCAAUAUUUGGUUCGCGCUCGCCAUGCUAUCUGCGCCUCUCCUGGUGUUCCAACUCGUUUUCCGAUCCCACACCACCUCGCUGCAAACUUCGCUGCGAUCAAUGUCCUUGGUUGCUCCAUUCUAUAUGUGGUUUGCAAUCUUCUCGCUCCAGCCCCACAAGGAAGAGCGCUUCAUGUACCCAGCAUACCCGUUUUUGGCGCUGAGUGCUGCUCUUUCUUUCCAUAUCAUCCUGACGUAUCUUGGCUCCGCUGACCGGAAGGAGCUUAUCGGUCGUGUCCCAACCAAACUCAAGAUCGCUGCAGCUUUGUCGGUUGUUGCCAUUGCUUUUAACGCUGGACUGCUGCGCACUCUUGGUAUGGUCACUGCAUACAACGCUCCAUUGAAAAUUUAUGAGCCGCUACAGGAUGUGGAAGUUGCGCAAAGCGGAGACACUGUAUGCUUUGGUAAGGAAUGGUAUCGCUUCCCUUCGUCAUACUUCCUUCCCCACGACAUGCGCGCCAGGUUCAUUCGAAGCGAGUUCCGAGGACUGCUCCCAGGUGAAUUCCCAGAUGCACCCAGCUACCUUGAGCGCCUAGGUGGAGCUUCGCAGCUGCCAUCGGGCAUGAACGAUCUCAACAUUGAGGAUCCCAGUAAAUACGUCGAUAUCUCCCAGUGUUCUUUCCUGGUCGACUCUCACUUCCCCGGUCACGAUGCGACCGAGCUUGAACCUCAUUAUGCCCUGGAUACGGCAAACUGGAACACAGUGAAAUGUGCAAGUUUCCUCGAUGCAUCUCAAACUGGGCUCUUGGGUCGAUUGAUCUGGAUUCCUGAUUUCCCGGUGAUUCCAGAUCGCUUCCGGCGCAAGUGGGGCAAGUAUUGUCUUCUCCAGCGAACUGGUGCGACAAACAAUGUAUAA